CAUAGUUUUCUAAAUCACCAAAAUGAUAAAUUAUUAACCUUUGGGCGUUUCACGAGUGUAUUUAUUCAAUGUGCCGAUUUAAUUUAUAGCAAAUAUACAUGCGAGAAGGCACUCAUUUUGCGUUGUUGAGAACUUACGUCAUAAGUGAUUAGCCGAUGGGAGCCAUCCAGAGCAAACACUGUAAUCACCCCUGAAUGUAGACUGUAUAAAACGGUCCCAUAUCACAAUUUCGAGUCAUCUUUUGGCCUACUGCGCUUGCUGGACCCGAUACUGUUUGUGUUGAGCUCAUAGCGGUCCGAAAAUGAAGGUUAUAUGUGCCGGAAUCCCCAAAACGGGAACAAAAACAAUGGCCGAAGCGUUAAGGAUUCUUGGAUAUAACGUUCAUGACGUUUUUCAACAAUUUUUCUACCAAAAGGAGCUGUGGUCAAAGAUUCUUGCCAACAAAGCCACAAUUAAAGAUUAUCAGAGAGUUCUCGCAGAUGUCGAUGCAGUAACUGAUGUUCCUGCUUGCGGUUUGUGGGAACAAAUAUCAGAAGCUUUCCCAGAUGCAAAGGUGAUUCUCAUGGUCCGGUCCUCUGAAGAUGAAUGGUACCAGAGUAUAAAAUACCACUUCAAGCAUAUGUCCAAUUUAAACUACAACAUUCUUCUCUACCCUGUCUUCAAUUUGAUUCUGGGACCGUUACACAGAGAGUUCCUAUACUACCUUUCCUCGUUUCUUCCUGGAUCUCUAGGAACUAUUUAUACGUGGGGUCAAGAGGUCGAAGUUCUACUCAGGUCACGAUAUCGACAACAUAACAUGUACGUUAAAGCAACUUGCCCAAAAGAAAAACUCCUCGUUUUCAAUGUGAAAGAGGGGUGGAAGCCUUUAUGUGAGUUCCUGGGAGUCGAAAAGCCAAACGUGCCUUUUCCUAUUGAAAACGUUAAAACUAAAAUCGUUGAUGACGUAGCAAAAGGCCAAUUUGAACACGACUGUGGGUAUCACAGAACAGUCGUUCGCCAGGUUUUCACGAGAGUUGUUUUCCUUGUAGGAAUCCUACUUGCACUUUUGUUUUUUCUCAUAUUUUAACAAUUUACUAUGCCAACCCUAAGAAGUGCUCGAGAUUAUUUCAACACUAUGAAAAUUUAUGACGGCUCUAACUAUCUAUCUAUCUAUAUUUAUCAAUAUUAUUUAUUUAAGCUAAUUUGUUAUUUCGCUCUCAAAACAAGGUGUCAUAAACUGAGGCUUAUGUACGAUGUCAUAGGAAGAUGUGCACUUCGUAAUUAUAAGACCUACGGGUUAUGAUAGAUGUUGCAAUGCCACAUGAACCCAGCGGUUGAAAAAUGAGCUCUAUAUCCCAGUGUUAAGUAUAAGUUCCCGAAUCCCGAGUCACAAGUAAUAUAGAGGCAAAAAUUAUACGAGUUUCGAGUCGAUUCAAUUACUGAGUUGAGUUUCACAGAUGGUUAGUUAAGUCCAAGUCAUUUCAUUCAGAUAACCUGAGUCAUCUCGAGUCUUUGAUAAUGAUGACUCAAUGCCAGUCGAGGCAAUGACUUGGGCAUCCCAGCACUGUUAUAUUAUCUUCCUGUUAUAUGUAUUGUACUCUAAAAAAAACUGUCGAAUUAUUAUAUCCUAAUAUAUGAGUACGUACUACUUGUAUUUCUAACCUUUACAAUUUGGCUUCAAAGUUUGUACAAAUCCGUAUAGGGGGACAAGCCUGUUUUGAUUCUUGUUGACUGCUUGCUGACACAAUGAGCGGGCUGAAUUUCUGACGGUUAUUAAUAUUUUUCGUCUUUAUCAGAAUCAUGAUAAACAAGGCUCCGAUUAAAAUCUUUUAACCCUAAAUCACCUAAAAAAACAUUUAAUUAUUUUUAUUCAAACUUUUGUCAAAUUCGAAUCACAGUAAACUCAUGGUUGAUGCACUUUGAAAUUCGACCACGAUGCACAUAAGUGAACGAUAGAUUGAAGCUAUCUCAACUAUUAAGUCAUAAUAUUUCUUAUGUGCGUAAGUGUUAUGAAAGCCGUGACAUGUACUUUAAAUUUAUUUUUUCUAAAAUUCACCAAUUUCGACGAGCUAACAGUGAUGAAGCAGGUAGCUUGUGAUAUUAUGCCGUUUCAAUGCAAGUGAAUUUUGUUAUUUUUUACAUAGUUAUAAUGUGCAAAACUAAAUGAAUAUGAAAAGAAUGAAUUUUUGUAUCAAGCAAUAUUUCGGAAAACGGGGAAGCCAAGUACGACAUUUUUGAUCGAUCUGUUAUAUCGACGUGGCUGUGGAAUAUUUAGCUAUUGUGAUUAUUAUAUAUGUAAAACUGACAAUUAUUCUUAUUUUUUGUGUAAUAAUAAUAAAUAAAGAGUAUGCAA